AUGAGACUCUUCAAGCGAAGUCCCGCCAAGGGCUCGCCAUCUUCGUCGCCGGCCAACAGCGCAAAGAAGAGGAUGCACGACCGCAAGAAGGUGGCAAUUGUUGGCAGCGGAUGCGCCGGCCUAGGAGCUGCCUGGGCCCUCCAGAACAGCGAUUAUGAGGUCCACAUACUCGAGAAAUCAGAUCGCUUGGGUGGACAUACUAACACCCAGUAUUGGCACCACGGAGAUCAGACUGUCCCCGUGGACACUGGCUUCAUCGUCAUGAACUCUGCCACCUAUCCCAACUUCAUCCGCUUCCUCAAGGAGGUCGACGUGCAGCCGGUCAACACUGAAAUGACAUUCGGUGUUUCGCGGGAUCGAGGUGCUCUGGAGUGGUCUGGCGAGGCUCGGGGGAUCUUUGCCCAGAAGCGCAAUCUGUUCAGACCCAGACAUUGGCGCAUGAUCUUCGACAUCGUGCGCUUCAACCAGUUCGCACUGGACAUUUUGACCAUCGAUGAAGAGGAGGAAGAAGAGGUAGAAGCGGGGGAGAAUUAUCUCGACGGCUCCUCUCCUCCGUUGAAGCCUUCUCGAAAGCGCGAGGCCGACAUGACCAUUGGUGAGUACUUGGAUCGCCACGGAUACUCGCAAGGAUUUCGUGACGACUAUCUGAUUCCAAUGACCGCUGCUGUAUGGAGCACUUCGCCAGACAAGGCCAGCCUGGAGUUUCCCGCGAAGACGCUGAUCCGUUUCAUGUGGAACCACCACUUGCUCUCUACAGUAGCCGAACGGCCAGCAUGGCUCACGAUCGCUGGCGGCUCGCAAAGAUACAUCGACGCCAUUGUAGAUCAAUUCCCGGAAGAUAGACUACAUGUACAUACGUCGUGCGAAGUCGCGAACGUACUGCGGCCCAGUCGAGAGGGUGAUGGACUUGUCACGGUGUCGUGGAUCAACGCCAAGUCUGGGAAGAUUGAGGGCGAUGCUUUUGACCAUGUAAUACUGGCUUGUCAUGGAGACGAGGUGCUGCCUCUGCUCGCUAAGCACGGUGCGCGACAACGACCCACUUCAUCAUCCUCGUCCAUGACCACGAGCACGAACUCGGCCAGCAGCAGCUCACCGCGAUCUGACAAGUUCGUCAAGUCUUCUUCUGGAGUACAGUACGUCUCUCAAGAGGAACUCGAUAUCCUGUCGGCAUUUCAAACAACAGAGAACGUAGCGUGGCUACAUUCUGACCUCGACUUAAUGCCCAAGCGUCGCGAGGUCUGGACAGCGUGGAAUUAUCUUGUCAGCUCGACACCAUCGCAAUUAUCACAUCCGGCGGGCGUUAGCUUGACAUAUUGCAUGAACAUCCUUCAGCAUCUGAGCGAGGACAUGCUUGGACCUGUCCUGGUUACAUUGAAUCCUGACCGCGAACCAGACCCGCGGCUCACUCAGGGCAAAUUCGUGUACAGACACCCUCUAUACACGGUCGAAGCUGUUAGAGCGCAGAAACGGCUCGACAAGAUCCAGAACACCCGCGGAGUCAGCUACUGUGGAGCCUGGACGAAGUAUGGAUUCCACGAGGAUGGUUUUAGCAGCGGUCUUCGUGUGGCGACUGAGCAUCUGGGCGCGAAGUUGCCUUUCGAGUUUGUUGACUCCACAUACAGCCGAGGCAAUCGACCGCACUUCACAUGGCAGGACAACUUGUUGAGAAUAGUGUUAUCUUUGAUGAUGGUGUGGAUUCGUGUCGUGGGCUUGGUUGUGAAUUUACCAGUCAUAGCCCCACUCAUUAGUAUGGCGGGAGGUGUUGCUACCAUGUUACUCGACGUUGCGGAGCAUUUUGGAAUCCUCUGA